AUGGUUGGAAUCGAAGUUUUAAUACUGUUCGGUGUUGUUACUUUAGUGACUUAUGUCUUAACAUUUUAUUGGAAACGUCGUCGACUUUACGUAUUAACAAAGAAUCUUCCAGGACAUGAUGGAUUAUCAUUUAUUGAUUCUGUUAAGUUUGUCGCUCAAAUCUCGAGAAAGGAAUACAUUUCAAAGUUGCUGAAUUUCAUCAAGGAUGAAGCACCAUUUACCAAAAUUUGGCUGUUUAAUCAUCUCUUUAUAAUAUCUAAAGAUGCAAAAUUUAUCAACAAAAUAUUUUACUCACCAGAAAUGUACAACAAGCCAUCAUUAUUGUAUAGAAUUUUUUCCAAAAAUCACGCGCUUCCAGCACUAAAUGGAAAUGACCACAAAAGACACAGAAAAAUUAUCAACAAAGCUUUUACAACGAAAAUGCUGCAGCAAUUUACAGAAACUUUUGAUGAGAAGUCGAAGAAGAUUUUAUCAAAAAUCGAUGAAAAUGUUGAUUGCGAGGAAUUUGAGCUGAUGGAUUAUGUUGGAGUUUAUUCACUUGAAUCAUUUGGAAAAAUUAAUCUGAGUUAUGAAACUGAAUAUUUUCACAGUGAACUUUAUGAUUCUUUCUGCAAGUACAUGGAGUCAAGUAUGAAUUUCAUGCCGUAUCAAGUAAUUGGACUUAGCCAUAAAUUUCUAGACUUUAUAAACAUGGGAGGAGAACUUGGAAAGAUUUUGAGAUCUUUUCGGAAAUUCAUGGAUGAAGUUAUCAAGUCAAAUAAGAAGUAUGAAAGUGGAUCUGAAAAUUCUCUUAUAAAUUUGAUGCUAGAUCCAAAAUUUGAGUUUACAAAAGAAGAGAUUGAUGAUGAACUGACUAUGACUACUAUAGCGAGCUUCGACACCACAUCAAGAACCAUAUCAGCAACCUUAAUGAUGAUCGGAAUCCAUCAAGAUGUGCAACAAAAAGUCAUGACAGAAAUCAAUGAAGUCUGCGACAGUCAGACUCAGUCUGAUUUCUCAUUAGAUUUUCUACAAAAGUUUACGUACCUAGAAUCAGUUAUCAAAGAAACAACGAGGCUUUUCCCAGAAGGUCCAUUUAUAGCACGAGAACCUUCAGACGAUGUUGACAUUAAUGGUUAUUUGAUUCCGAAAGGUACUGUUAUAUUGAUCUCGAUUUUUGGUAUGCACAGAGAUGAGAAAUAUUGGGGAAGUUAUGCUCAUGAGUUUAAGCCAGAGAGGUUUCUACACGAACUUGAAUAUCCAUUUGCUUUUGCUCCGUUUUCAGGUGGAAAACGGAUGUGCAUAGGCUAUCGAUAUGCAAUGAUUUCAAUGAAAAUUUUCUUAAUCAAUUUUCUUCGAAGUUACAAGGUUGAUUGCGGAACCAAAUUCGAAGAAAUAGAGACUGAAGUUUCCUUGGCUCUAAGUUUUAUUAAUGGAUACAAAGUCAGCAUACAAAGGAGAUGAGACUUUGUGAUUAGACCUUACUCUGAAUGGUACAAGUCUGUUGAUCGACUAGAAAUCAGGGACUAAGCUGG